GUCCUCAGGGAGGGUCUGGAGGAGAUGAAGCAGUUUUUCUCAGUCAACAGCAGCUGCAGACUUCCUCUGAACCCGGCGCUGCUCGUCACAGGAAUCAACAUCCAGUCAUGUUCCUUCUUCAACUCCAACGCUGUCCCUCUCAAACUGUCCUUCCAAAACCUGGACCCUCUGGGAGACAACGUCAAUGUCAUCUUCAAGUCAGGGGACGACCUGCGGCAGGACAUGCUGACUCUGCAGGUGAUCCGGAUCAUGAACAAGAUCUGGAUCCAGGAGGGUCUGGACAUGAGGAUGGUCAUCUUCAAAUGUUUCUCCACUGGCAGAGGACGAGGUAUGGUGGAGAUGAUUCCUCAGGCAGACACUCUGAGGAAGAUCCAGGUGGAACACGGAGUCACCGGCUCCUUUAAAGAUCGACCGCUGGCUGACUGGCUGCAGAAACACAACCCGACUGACGAGCAGUACGACAAGGCGGUGGAGAACUUCAUCUACUCGUGCGCCGGCUGCUGUGUGGCGACCUACAUCCUGGGAAUCUGCGACCGCCACAACGACAACAUCAUGCUGAAGACCAGCGGCCACAUGUUCCACAUUGACUUCGGGAAGUUCCUUGGACACGCGCAGAUGUUCGGGAACAUCAAACG